GUAACAAGAGGAGAAGAACGACGAGAAGCCAAGGGGGAGGAAGAAGAAGAGGAUGAAGGUAGGAAACAAAGACACCGAGAACCAAAACAAAAAGAAAAAGGACGGAGGAGACAUCGAGGAGAAUGGUCCAAAGAGAAGGAGGAAGAACGGAGGGAACGAGGAAAAGCCCAAACUCCAAAAGAGGAAGAGGAAGAAGAUCGGAAAUACGAAUGCAUCCAAGAACGAAGGAGGGAAUGAGAGAGACCAAAAGAAGUUGACGAAGAACAGACGAAAGAACAAGUUACAAGAGAAGAAGGGAAAGAGACUUCAAAAGAAGAAUAAGAAUGAAGAUGAAGACAUGCCCAUGACACGAGCCUUUAACGGGAGGACGAACAGAAAGCGGCAGCAAUACCCUUGGCUGGUCAGCUUGAUACAAUAUGAGCGACCUCUCGUGGGUGAAAAGGUCAAAGGUGAUCGUUCUGUUGAAAGACUGUGCGGUGGAACACUUCUGAGUAACAGAUACAUUCUCACUACGACCUCCUGCUGUACUUAUUGCAAAACCGUUUGGGAAAAGAAGAAUAAGAAAAAUAAUAAAUUACGGAAGAAGAGAGCCGCAGAAGGAGAGAAUAAUGAGAUGACAAAUAGAAGAAAGAGAAGGAAGAAGGGAGGAGACAAGAAGGGCGAAGUCAAAGAAGAAGACGACACGGAUACAGAGAAGAAAGAAGGUAACAAGAGGAGAAGAAAGAACAAGAAAACAAACGGAGAACUAGAGAACGGUGGCAAAAAUAGGGACAAAGACGAGAAACCGAAGAGAAAUGGAAAAGGAAAAGGAAUGAAGAAAGGAGACAAGAAGAACAACAACAAAAACGAUGAUGAGGAUGAGAACAAAGGGAAAGGAAAAGGAAAGAAGAAAGGAGACAAGAAGGACAACAAAAACGAUGAUGAGGAUGAGAACAAAGGGAAAGGAAAAGGAAAGAAGAAAGGAGACAAGAAGGACAACAAAAACGAUGAUGAUGAGAACAAAGGGAAAGGAAAAGGAAAGAAGAGAGGAGACAAGAAGAAGGACAACAAAAACGAUGAUGAUGACGAAAACAAAGGGAAAGGAAAAGGAAAGAAGAGAGGAGACAAGAAGAAGGACAACAAAAACGAUGAUGAUGACGAGAAUAAAGGGAAAAGAAGAAGGAAGAAGAAAGGAAACAAAAACAACGACCGCGAUAACGAUAGCGACGACGAGAACAAGAACAAGAAAAGACGAAAAGGAAAGAAGAAAGGAGACCAGAAGAAAGACCCCAACAGCGACCGAGAGAACGCCGGCCCCCGACAGAACAAGAAAGUGCGCGCCCCCCUUAAGAAAGACGUGGCCGCGAUCAUCGGCGAGGGCUCCAUCAACAUCAAGAAACUCGGGGACAUCAAGCCACUGAAAAUCGGCGGCAUCUUCAUCCCGAGCGAUUGCUACGAGAAGAUGGGCAAGACAGAGCUAAAUGGCGAACCCCUGUACCCGGUCGAGUGCCCCGUGCUCCUGAAGCUGAAAAAGAAGGUGAAAUUCGGCAGGUUCAUUAAGCCCAUGUGCUUACCGAUUUUCGAGAAGAUCAAAAUCAACAAGGAGAGAGCAGCUUCCCUGGGCUACGGGAUCAGGAAAGAAUCGAAGACAGAACCCUCCAAGAUACCAACUGAAGUGAUUAACAUGCGCGUGCUCAAGAAGUGCGAGAAAAAGCUGAAGAUGAAGCUGGACAAGACUAUGAUCUGCACGAAAGGAAAGAAAAAGAGCGGACACAUGUGCUUCUUCGACGAAGGAUCACCUCUCCUGAACGUCAAAGUAACAGGCAGUGGAUACAAGCAACAUGCUAACCUUUAUGCUGCCUUGGCCGUGCCAAGCUGCCAACUUAAAGAAAAGAAGAAAGGCAAGAAGAAAUCCAGAGAUAAACGAGACACCAGCGAAAGCGAAGCAAAGGGCAAGAGGCGAAAGCUGCGACGCAAGAACCAGGAGACGCCAGACACCGCGCUCGCAAGCAAACCGAGGAAGGAAGCGCAACGACGAGGCAAGAAAAUCGCCCCUAGAGAUGGCCCGAAGAGGAGGAACAGACUGCAAGACGCCGGGGGAGACGAGUACAACCCGAGGAAGUACAACAUGUUAUACAUCGACGUCUGGGUGAACAUCAGGAGCUACAAGAAGUGGAUCCUGAAUGUGGUGUUCAACAAGAAGAAGGCCAAGGCGUGUCAGCGACCCAAGCACUUCAAGUCGGUGCCGGACAUUGCCAAGAAGUUCGAGAUCGAAGACCCUUGUCCGUAUUAAGGGUGAAAAGGACGAGGCUGGUCGUCUCUGAUGCGAACGCUGCCAAACGCCGCUUAGUUGGAAACAUUCUAUGGUGAAGGAAUAGAUAUCUUUUUUUAUUUAUUUAAUGUGCAACGCCCACUGAUGGUCGUUUAUACAGAUUUGCUUCAUUUAAUUUAUCACGGGAUUUGGGUUCAUAUUUCAUGCGUUUCUCCUUUGAGCAUUCUGAUAUAUAUUCAGUGUUUAUAGCAAGUCUGUAUUUUUUUUUUCUUAGAAAUUUAUAAAUCUGCUAACAGGCUCUACAUUUGGAUGCUAAAUGUAUUUGAGUUACGGAAGCAAAGAUCUAAUACGUCGAUGAUUCAUAAGUUUGGUGGUUAUUGACGACCUUACUUACAUUUAUUGAAAAUUAAAGAUGAAAAUUGUGAAUAAAAAGUUAACGAUUA